AAAACAUCCGACCAUAGCACAAGGCACUUUCUGGGCAGAUCCCAAACUGAUCCCAGACACUCCUGCAAGUUUAUUAAGAGAAAGGCUCGCAGUAUAAUCACUAAAGGCGGGGGAGGAGAGGGGGGAACCGGCUGCAGAGGCCGCUGAGCUCUCAGGACCCCAUUCAAAAGACCUGCAGGUGCGCGGAACUCCGGCAGGGGGCAGGCGCCUGGUUGAGCAAUCGAACAGCGCCGAGAUUGCGGGGGCGCCGGGCGGUGCUGCUGGGGCUGUCGGGGGUCUGAGACUAACGGCGAGGCCAGCGCACUUCCAGGCGCUAAUCCCAGGGGAGCCACCGCCCCGGCCGCUCUUGCGACACGCGCUCACAGCCCCCUCCCCGCGGGCGGACCCCGGGCCCGCGCUUCCUGCGCCGCGGGUUCUCGUCCCUCCCAGCCCAGGGCGCAGCUGGGGAUUGGCAGAGCCCAGCCUCUGGCUGACUCAGGCGCCGCCACCUUCCCUUAAGAGCUCGCGCCGGGGCGGGGGGGGGGGGACCGCCCCGGCCGCGCAGGAAGCAGCUGCAGCUCCAGGACCGCGGCGCUGAGCAUGGCCAGGCUGCCCCAGCAUCUCCUGCUGCUGCUGCUCUGGGGCUGCCUCUGCCCGGCCUCCGACGCCGGCCUCUACUUCAGGGAAGGGCAGCACUGCUACAAACCGGCCCCGCGCAAGCCGCCCGGGCUCAGAACCUACCCUCGACCUCAUGAGUAUCUGGACAUCGCUAAACUUCCCCCGAGCUGGGAUUGGCGAAAUGUAAACGGGACCAAUUUUGCCAGUACCACUCGGAACCAGCACAUUCCUCAGUACUGUGGGUCUUGUUGGGCUCAUGGCAGCACCAGUGCCUUAGCAGACCGCAUCAACAUUAAGAGAAAAGGUGCUUGGCCUUCUGCCUACCUCUCUGUUCAGAAUGUUAUUGACUGUGCCAACGCAGGGUCCUGUGAAGGUGGAGACCACACAGGUGUUUGGAUGUAUGCUCAUGACCAUGGCAUUCCAGAUGAGACCUGUAACAACUACCAAGCCAAAGACCAAACAUGCAAGAAGUUUAACCAGUGUGGAACAUGUGUUACCUUUGGGGAAUGCCACGUGAUAAAGAACUACACCCUCUGGAAAAUUGCUGACUAUGGCUCUGUCAGUGGGAGGGAAAAAAUGAUGGCAGAAAUUUAUGCCAAUGGUCCAAUCAGUUGUGGCAUAAUGGCUACUGCACAGCUGGAUGCGUACACUGGAGGACUUUAUGCUGAAUACAACCCCUCUCCUAUGGUGAAUCACAUUGUAUCUGUGGCUGGCUGGGGUGUGGAAAAUGGAACUGAAUACUGGAUUGUUCGUAACUCCUGGGGCGAACCAUGGGGUGAACUGGGCUGGCUGAGGAUUGUGACAAGCGCAUAUAAAGGUGGAGAAGGAGCCAAGUACAAUCUCGCUAUUGAAGAGGAUUGUGCCUACGGGGAUCCUGUAUUACCUUGAUUGUUUCUAGGGUUUAUGGGGUACUUUCUGGAUUUGAAAUUUUAUUUUCCCCUCCCCCCCCAUCAAGGUGUG